ACGAUUUUUUGACCAAAAAUCGUAAAUUCGCCAGCCCCUGGCAAGGGCCCUGUGCGGAAGGUGCGUAUCCCGUGGUAAUCCUGUGACUAUGUCAAAACUAUAGCAAUCGUCAGUGGCAUGUUUUACAAUAAAAGGCCUACCGGGAAAAGCCAGUGAAAUUGAAUGUGUCCAUCGAUUUACGCGAAAGAAAGAGGCAUCCAUGUCCGUGUCGUACGUCUUGUCGGGGUGUUGGUGUUGUGUGCGCUGCCUGAAUUGUGCAUGGUACGUGCGUGCAUGCGUGCCGGUACAAUGCAACGCGUUUAUCUCGCGCAUCAUGCAAUCUGUCGAUCUUAAAUUCUUGUGUAUGAAGUGAAAAUUUCAAUUAUCGGAAUGUUCUGGGAAUGAGAUAUUUGGGCGUCAGAUAGAUCGCGCGGAACUUGCAAUUUUUGAAUAAGUGCACAUAGUUCCGCGUGUCGGCACGCGCGGCUCGCGCGUUAUCGACAAUACUGUCUAGGUGCGGGAACUACAUCUUUGCUUGCGUUUCGUUGUGUAUGUGCGUGAAGUUUACGGGGUUAGAUGUCUUCUUUCCACGCUUUGCACGUUGUGCGUGCAUAGACGUGUGCACACGCAACGCACGUCAUUGAUAUAUGUAUACAUACAUAAUAUCCGUGUGUUUCUAUGGGUGUAUAUGCGCGGCUUGGUUAACGUGUUUUCUUCGUAUAUAUGCGUGCUCUAGUGCCGUACAUGUACGCAUACUGCAUGCCAUUGGAAUUCACGAAAAAGUACACGAACUGUAUCCUGCUACCACGCCGUUGGAUGAAGAAAUCGAAAUACACAGUGUUACAUUCGCAUGCCCAUCGCUUCCCUCGGCCAUUUAUACUUGGAGUUGCGCCAAAAUGGGCGCUAUCAAAUAAUUUCAUGCAGUGGGAUUACAUACAAGAAUUGGUAGCACAUGGUGAUGUGCCUGAUGUAUAUGAUUUACGUCACAAGGAAGAAAAUAUAAGUGCAUCAGAUUUAGAUUUAUCUUAUGUUAAUCAGUUUAUAAACUUCAUACAACCUAUAAAUAAUAAUAAAGUAGCAAAUUCUGAUAUACAGAAAGAUAUAACUGAUAAAUGCUUAUCAGAAUUCUCAGAACUUGUGCUUAAAAACCAUAAGGAACAUUGUAGUACCUGUUAUAGUGACGAUAAUAAAAUAAAAACAACUAAUUUAUUGAAUACUAAUAAAGACACAGUCAUUUAUUCAUUUUGUAAAAACAAAAUUGAAAAUUCACCUGAAGCGAAGAAAGAAAUUGAUCAUUAUCAUAAAAUUUCUGAUUGUUUUACUUGUUUAUCAGAACAAUCAAAUAUACAAAAUAUUACACAGUACAAGACUUUGUCUAAAAUUUUGGAACAAUAUAAAAAUACUUAUAAUCUUCUUUGUGAUUCUGAGGAAGAUAAGCCACUUAAUUUAAUAAAAAAUUUGGAAGAUAACAAAAAUUGUUGUAAUAAACAAAGUGAAGAUAACAAGAAACUUUGUAAUUUUACAGAUAUAAAAGUAUCUAUAAAGGACUGUGCCAUUUCAAAUCAAAUAAAUCAUUCCAAUAACAUAGAAAAUUGUUACAUUACAAAGUACAAGGAAAUAGAUUAUGGUUUAUUAAAAUUCUCAGAUCUAGAUGAGAUAUCUUCUAACAUAAAAAUUAACAAAACAUUACUUAAAACUCCAAAACAUAAAUUAUGUAAAAAUUUAGAAACAAAUUCAGAUUGUGUACCAAAUAAAUAUUUAGAGCAAGAAAGUUUUCUUGCUCUUGAUAAACAUUUGAAUGAUAAAAUAUCAUUACUUCUAUGUGAAAAGAAAAAUAAAGAUCUUUCUUAUAUACAUUCAUAUUUGAAUGUCAAAAAUACAAGUAUUAAAAGUGAAUCUUCAGACGAACAGAUAAAUAAAUCAAAGCACACACAUUUUGCGAGUGCUUACAAAUCAAUAUUAAUUAAUUGGGAGGAUUUCGAAAUGUCAGGACAAUAUCCAGGUCAUAGCCGACCUCCGGUUGGUACUCCUCCUCCUCAGACGGUUUGGAAUCAUCUUACAAUGGCACAAAGUCAAGUUUCAGGCUUGAAUAUUCAUCCAACAGCUUUAUCAGGUGCUGCAUUAAGUCCAGCAGGAUUUUACACACACCCAUCUAUGGCAAGAGCAUCUCAUAUAACUUCACAACUUACACCACAACUUGCACAUACUCAAGCACCUCCAACAUGGCAUACACCAACUGUUCCAUCAAAGACUGUUACUCCAGCCAAUACUCCAGGAAAUCCUUUGUUUAGUUUACAAAUGUUGGUAGAUAAUAGGCAGAACCAAAGUCAGUAUAGAAACUCACCAGGUUCACAAAAUACAUUAGAUUUAUCUUCCACAUCUGAAAUUAUUCCUGAAAAUUACUCUCGAAUACCUCAAGAUAUUCCAAUAAGUUUAACUGCAAGAAAUGUAGAUAAAGGUAGCAGAAAUGGAAAUAUUAUUUCUCCUCCAAUACCUCUAAAUGGAGAAACUUCGUCUGAUAGUGGAAUCAGUUCGUCGGUCCCAACACCUAAUUCGGUUAGUGAACCAGUUUCACUUUCAACUAAAGAAGUUACAACACCUAAAAUAACAGUAAAAAAUUUUGAAAGCAAUUUAAAAGGAGUGGCAAAUCUUCAUGAUAAGAUUAAGGAAAUGAAUGUCGAUAAUUUUACGCAAAAAGUUAUAAAUUUACCACCUAGCGUAACAAUUGAAAGGGUAGUUUCAGAAAAGAAAGAACCUGAAGUUACAAAAAAUAAAGAUACUUUAAGUGUUAUUGCACAAGUGCCAAGAAAUGUUCUACCUGUUAUUGUAAAUCUUACAUCUAGAAUGGAUAAAGAUGUAACAGAUAGUCCAAAAAGAGAAUCAUCUUCAGAACGAGAUAAAAAAAUUGAAGAGACAAAUGUUAGAUCACCUAAAAAUUUGCCAAAAAGAGGUAAGAAAGGUGUAGAUUCUCUAUUAGAAAAAUUAGAAGGUGGAAAUAAAAAGCUUGGUAGCACAGAAAAUAUUGGAUCUGUUAUUGUAAUGCCAGUAGAAGAAAAAGAUACCUCGAGCGUUAAAAGUAUGUCUCCUGAUAGACAAAAGUCGAAAUCUCCAAAUAGAGAAGAUGAAGUAGUAUCUCCAGCAUUUAGCAAUGACGAUUCUAAUGAUAAUACUAAACAACGCAGAAAAAGAAAACUAGAAAAACCUGUACGACUUAGUAAAGACUCUAAAACAGAAGUAGAAGAUAUGGAAUUAGAACCUACAGAACCAACAGAAGCUAGAACAAAUGAACCAAUACCAGAAGAAAGAACAAAUACAACUUCAAUUGUAAAAUUAGAAGACAAUAUUGAUACAACAGAACAGAGAAUAUCUGAAAAAAUUGAAGAAAGCGUAGAAGAAACAAGUGAAGAAAAUCAACCUAUUAGAAGGCGGAGAAGUAGUGAAAGUACACCUCCUAGUUCAACUCCAUCAAAUCAAAGGGUGAGAAGAAAAUCUAGUGAUGAUGCAACUGAAUUUUCAAAAGUAACAAGUCCAAAACCUGUAAAUAAUACAAAUCCAUUUAAUGAGGUUGAAUCAGAACUUGAAAAAAUGUUUGCUGGUAUUGUUGAGACAGAGACAGAUGUCAAAAAAGAAGAAUCAAAAUCAGAACUUACAGAAUCCGAACUUCAAACUGGUAGUACAACAAAAGCUGAAAAUUUGGAAAAUAAUAUAUUGCAUACAAAAGAGACACAAAAUAUAAACCCCACUGAUGUUUCUUCUACUGUCGAUACCAAAAUAUCUGGAAAGAAAGGGAAGAAAACCAAAGUUCAGGGAGGUAAACGAAAAAUGUCUAGAUCAUCAGAAAAUAUUUUUGGGACUGUCGGCAAUGAUAUACCUCAGAAAGAAAUCAAAAAGAGAAAAGUAUCUAAAAGUUCAAAAAAACAAGACGCCUCGAAAAAGACUAAAAAAAAUGUAAAAGUAGAUGGAAUAAGAGAAAUGGCAUAUGAUUCUGGAUCAAAUGCAAGUUCUAUUAGAUCUCGUGGACCAGUAGUUCAUGUUGAAGGUCCAAGAGAUAGUCCAUUGAGCAUUCAAGUAGUUAAUGCUCCACGGGAAGAAGAAGAAGAAAAAAGUAAAGAAAAACGAAAGGCUAUUGGAAAUAGUAAUGCGGGAAGAAGUAAGAGGCUCAGUCAUCAAAACGAUUUAGAUUAUAGAGGUAAAGUCAGUAGAGCAGGUCUCUUUAGUUCAACAUUAUCGUCGCGUUAUGAUGCACAUACAACAGAUUCGACAUGGGUUUGUGUAUUUUGUAAACAAGGUCCUCAUUCUGUAAUUCCUGGGGAUCCGGCUCGACCACAUCCUAAUUUAGCUGGUCCACAUAUAACACCUGGAACAUACACUGUUCCAGCUGGUGUCUUGAGUGAUUUAUUUGGACCAUAUUUAAUUGGCAAAGAACGUUUAGAAGAUGGAAUUCUUUCUGCUGAUGAACAAGAAAUUACUACAGAACAAAAAAAAGGCGGUAAAAAUAAAAGAAGUUUGAGGUAUGCUGGUUUAGCCGAUCAAUUUACUGCAAAAAUGGGUAAAAAGAAAAGAAAUUCCAUUGAAAGUAACACUAAUGCCAUGUUUACGGGAAUGACCGUACUGCCCGGAGAAGAACAACGUUGGGAAGUUUGGCUUCAUGAACAAUGUGCUGUUUGGGCAGCUGGAGUAUACAUGGCAGGUGGAAGAGUAACAGGUUUGCAAGAAGCUGUGUGGGAUGCAGCAAAAUCGAUAUGUGACUCUUGUGGUUUAACAGGAGCAAAUAUUGGUUGCGUUAAACGUGGUUGUAAAGCUGUUACACAUUAUCCCUGUGCAUUAACAAAAGGUUGGGACUUAGAUACUAAUCAGUAUAUACCGAAAUGUAACCUUCAUCGGAUUACGUGAAACUUCGCAUUUAAUAAUUUUGAGACGUUUUGAAAUUACGCUUUGCAUCAUUCGAUGCAUAAGUGUGUUUGAAGUGUGAAAGUAAAAAUGUUAAAUGUAUAAAGGACAGAAGUAUUGUAAUUUGCAUACACGAAAUAUCAAUAUGCUCGACAGAAAUAUCUUCCAAUGUACAAGAUGUUGAAACGAGAAUGCUGUUACUGUCUUGAGAAUUAAAAAUGAAAAUGGAAAUUAACGAAAAUGAAGACGGAAAUUCUUCUCGUUAAUUAAAUUUAAUUAAUUUUCUUGGCCUGUGGCCUUGAACAGUGGCCUUUUUGACCUAAUGUAAAAGGAAGAUUUUUUAAUUUAAAAUCUGUAGUAUAGAUGAAUUGUUGCUGAGGAACAAUAUUAAUCAAAAAAGUAUUUGCUUUUUUAUUAAUAUUUAUGAAAUUUGAAAACAAAUUUUUCCCUAAAACAUCAUGUACGCAGGAAUAAUGGGGCAUAUUGUAUCAAAAUUUGAACAAAAAUUAUAAUUCAACAAAAAAAUGAAACAGCACUGAAUUUCUUCUAAGUUGUAUGUGUAUAUAUAAAAUGAGAUGGAUUAUUAAUCAAUUAAAUUGAUGGAAUUUGAAGAUUCUUGACACGUUUCGAAAGAAGUGUGGAUAAGAAAUAUAUAGACAAGUGUUCUCCUGUGAAUGUAAGAAAUCACCUGUAAAUAACAAAGUUCUUAUGUGAAAAAUGACUAUUAUAUUAUUAUACAAUUUCAAUGAUAGCAAAAUAUUUUUUCGUUUUUUAAAAUCAUAUUGCUUUAGUAAGCAUGUGUAGUUAAUGUUCUUUAUUGCGGGAAAAUAUUAGUGUAAUAAUACUUAUUUCUAUUAUAAUUUUUUGAAGAUCAAUUGUGACAUAUAAAUCUCAUGUAGGUGUAAAUAAAUAGAUUUUCGCUCAUAUAUUUCCUUUUAUUUCUUAACCUUGUCUAUUUUAUAGCUACAUAUUAAUUUAUAAAUCAUUUCUUUAUUUAAAGAGAACGAGCUCACAUGUUUACUUGAAAAGAGAACACUUGUAAUAAAUGUAGCUAUUGUUAUAAUCUGAAAAAGAAUGAAGAUUUGUUUCUGAAAUAUUAUCUUCUCUUUUUUUUGGCAUGUGACGAUUAUAAUUUCAUUGUAUACUAUAAUUUAUGAAUGUGAAACCAGUGAUUAAAAUUUAAUAGCAUAUAUACAAUUUAAUGAUUAAAUUAAUUGCUACUUAUUAUUAUACAAUUUAUGAUAAUUACUGAUUUAUAUUAUUUUUUUCAUAUUAUUAUUAUUGUAAUCAUUUGCGCUAUCAUUAUUGUCAUUGUCGUUUUCAUCAAAUUUUGUAAGAAUAUAAAAGAAUCAAGAUUUUGUAAUAACAAAUAUAAGCACAUUGAUGAUAUUGAUUCUCUUGAUGUAUCAGGGAGAAAUAGUAAAAAGCAGAAAAAUUGUAUAAAAAUAUAUAGAAUAAAAUGUAUAUAUAAUAUUACUUCGAAUAGACGAAAUAUAUAUAUAUAUGGAUGUGUGUGCGUGCCUGUGUGUGUAAUAUGUGUGUAUACACACACACACACACACACAUAUAUAUCAGCAAAUAUUACAAAAUGAUUUGCCAUUCCUCCUCUCACAACACAAAAUAUGGCAAAGUAAGAAUAAUCAUUUUUAAAUAUUAGUUAUAUAAAUAUAAAAAAUAGUUGUCGAAAAAAAAAAGAUUAUUUGUAUAUAUAUGUCAUAUGUAGUAAAUAGAUAUCUUGUAAAAAGAAUUCAAAGAACAUAAAAAAAGCAUUUUAUUUAGAAUUGUAGUAUAUGUGUUUUAAUAUAAGAUCAGACAAACAGUUUACUUAAAAGUAAACGUAUUUAGGUUUUUUUAAAUUCCUCAAGACAGAGCUCAUUACUUACAUGUAAAGAGCAGUCUUUGUAACAUAAAAAACAAAGAAACAAAUAGCCAAAAAAUACUGCUACUGAGUUUAUAAGAAAAUUGAAUUAUAAACAAAACGCUUAUAUUAUAUAAUUAUGUAUGAAAGAGAAACAAAAUUCUAUCUUAGAUGGAUAAUUAUAAUUAAUACUUGUGAUACAAAAUAAUUUCUGGAUUGAAUGGUGUGAUGAAUAAUUGGAGUAAUAUUUUUUCUUUAAAUUUAACUUUGCGUACAUAGAGCACUAUAAGUACAUAUUCUUAUACAGUUCAGUUUUAUGGUAAGUCAUUAUAAUAUAUAUAUUACAUAUUUAAUCUAUUGAGAAAGAUAUAAAUCAAGAUAUUACAGAAAUUUUAGAUAUUCUAGAAUUCUCUUUGUACGCAUGGUUCACUUAAAUUUAAUUAAUUUUGAAAGUGAUAUGGAAGAAAAAUCUUUUAUGAUCUGUCUUGUGUAAAUGCUAAAUUUAUUUGGCUUGUAAAUUGCGAAAAAAAUAAUUUAAAGCACUGAAACAAUAAUGCGCAAAAAAUUUGAAUAUUACAUUGCCUAAGUAAUUUGUAUAAAAUAGAUCUGUAAAAUAAAAUUGUCACAUCGUGAUAUAUGGUGAGAGAAAUAACGUAGUAAUGUUUGCGAAUUGAAAGUAGCAAAAACAAUUAUGUAAUGUUAAAAAAUUAAUAGGUAUUUUUAUUUCUUGCCUUCAUAUUUUUUGAAUCUAAUUUAGUUACAAAUUUUUUUUCCUUUCUAUUCUGUUCUUUUUUUGUUUCUUUUUAUA